UCACAAAUGACAAAAGAAAAACUCAAACAUAACAAACGGUUUUGUGAUUGAAUAUUGUGAGGUUAAAAACAAAUUUUUAGGAAAUAAGAAUUGUUAAACAUUAGCGAGAACUAAGCAAUUGUGAUAUAAAAUGGCUUCAGGUUUGGAGAGCUACGUGAACCAUACUGUCUCCAUUAUCACAGCAGAUGGCAGAAAUUUUGUGGGGACGCUGAAAGGAUUCGACCAGACCAUAAACCUGAUCCUGGACGAGAGCCACGAGCGGGUGUACAGCUCGACGCAAGGCGUGGAGCAAGUGGUGCUCGGGCUGCACAUCAUCCGAGGUGACAAUGUGGUGGUCAUCGGCGAACUGGACGACAACAUAGACUCCCGCCUCGACCUGGGCAGCAUACGAGCCGAGCCCAUCGGCGCCGUGGUGCACUGACUCCCCGGGUCGCUCGUCAGCUGUGCACAGACACGGGAGACAUUCUCCCCACCAUCUAGCCAAGUGUGAUACCAAGUACGGCAGAACCUCCGUCAUCGAACGAGGGCUAAAACGUUUUAUUCUUAGGAAAGCCUACAACUCGCGUAGUUUCGGUUCCCUGCAAGAAUUUCCGAAGUUUUGCGUUUUGGUAUUAACACCACUUCAGCCGCUAAAUCAGAAGUUUCCAAUGAAAACAAGCAUGUUGUGACUGACCUAACCUAACCCUUCGAUUUUUUUAAUUUCAAUUUUUGAGAGAAAUCCGAAGUUGCACGAACGUGGUAGGGAACCGAAACUACGUAAGUUGUAGGCUUCCAUUAUUCUUAUCAAAAACUGUCCAUAGUGCUACAUGAUACUAUUCUGUGGAUGAACUUGGUAAAUGAAGUUAAGCGGGGAUGAUAAACACACGCUAGACAAGCUGGCAUUUUGCAGUGGCCAAAAUAUUUAUUACGCCAGUUUUUCAUCAUUAAUUGAAAGUUCUGACAGUUUUAAUUUUCACUCUAUAGUAAUGCAUUUUGUAAAAAAAAAAAAAAAAAAAAAAAAAAAAAAAAAAAAAAAAAAAAGUAAUAUGUGCUCUUUUUUUUAAAAAUUGUUGUAAGAGUUAAGUUUAGGUGUAAAGUCUUAUGACCUACAUAUUUUAAAAAAUAAGUAUGUCUUAGUCUUACAGUAUUUUAUGUACAACUUAAUGCUUGAACUACAAUGCCACUAUUUUAUGUACAACUUAAUGCUUGAACUACAAUGCCACUGAUUUUUUGUUUUUCUGUAUGAAAAUUUAUUGAGAAAAAAUUGUGAUGAAAAAAUCAAUAAACAUAAUUUAAAUAUACAAGAAAACUAUUCAACAUUGUACUUUUUAUAUUAAAAUAAAAUAUAAAAUCAAUGUUUCUUGAAGCUAUAUAGAGGAUUUGGAUGAUGCCUCCUUUUGUAAAGGAGAUAAGAAACCUGCAGUAUUUACUUGUGCAAUAAUUACUGCACAAUGUUGGUAAAUAAUGAACAUUAGCUUGUGUCAUUCUUGAAUGUAAUCUGGGCCAUCACUGUAGGAAAAUGACAGAUAUUGGUUGUUGCUGCCAAUACUUAAGGAGAUUUGUUAGUUUAUCCUUUUGCAGCUCAUGUUUAUAGCUUUCCACAUGCAUUUAUUUGCAGUGCUUAUCCCCCAACAAGAGCACAUUAUCCAUAUGAGGUAAAAUUAGAAAGUUAAAUAUUUCUCAAAUAAUUUGUAUGAACAUGCAUGGCCGAUUAAUACGAAUAAUAAAUUGCCAAAAAAUGCAACUUCAUCUCAAUUGUUCUUGUUAAAAAUUAAAACAGUCCUGUCCUCACCACUAAGUUUUUUUUUACACAAAAAUUAUUUACAUUCCCCAAAUAUGUAUUUGUGAUGUUAAGGGCUGUAUAAAUUAAAAUAAAACUGUUAGUAAAAAUCAUGAAAAAACAAAGCCAUUCAUUAACAUCUUUAGUUGCAUAAUAAUUCUUUAUUAGAAAUAAGAUUUGACAAUAACAAUUCAUAACGCUAGGUGCUAAUACAAAUGUCAUGACGACAUUGUGUUGUGUAAACAAAACAAAAACUUAUGUACGUGUAAAGAGGCGGAAAGUGUUGGAUUAAUUAAACAUGAUAGAGUAUAG